AUGCCCUGUCAGUGCCCCAGCGUGCAGAUCGAGGCCUGGAUCAGGGGCAAGUGUGGCCCGGUCGACUCCAAGAUCCGGUGUUAUGGGCUCCCCCGAUGGGGCCAGGCCGAUGCGCGUGGCGACGGUUCGAACGCUAAGAAAUUAAAGAUGCUCCAUCUGCCGGAGGCCUGGUACGAACGGCUUUGUGUUGCGCAAUUCGCUCCGGAGGAGAAAAAAGUCAAAUGCUCUAGCGUGUCUCCAUGCUUCAUGGGAGAAAGUGAAAUGUGUAAUGCGGUGUGUUGA